AUGUUUGAAUUUGUUUGGCUUGAUUGUACUGCUGAUUCCACUGAAGAAAAUAAAGAGAUUCAAAAGAAACUCCGUCAUAUCAUUGAAAAACUGCGUACAUUUGAUAGUGUUGAAACAUGUGAAAAAUAUCUUCGAAAUACUCCGAAAGAAUCAAUUAUUUUGAUCGUCUCAGGUGCUUUUGGUCGACAAAUUAUUCCUAAAAUACAUGAUCUUCCACAAAUAGUUGCAUUUUAUGUAUUUUGCCAAAACAAGAAACCUAACGAAGAAUGGGCAAGCAAAUAUAAUAAACUUGGUAUCGUCUGUACUAGUAGUUCAGAAUUAAUUACUAGUAUCUCGAAAGAUCAAAGUACUCGAACAGGUACAGAAGAAAAUCCAUUGAUUUCUGUAAUCAGUUCGAAUUGUGAUUCGAUGGAAUCUCGAAAUGCCAGUUUUUUAUGGUUUCAAUUGUUUAUCGAAGUUCUUCUACGAAUGCAUCAUAAAGUCAGUGAUCGUCAAGAAAUGAUCAGUGUCUGUAAGAGACAAUAUGCUAAUGAUACUAAAGCGUUAAAAAUGAUCGAUGAAUUUGAGAAAAAUUAUUCUCUAGAUAAAGUUAUCUGGUGGUAUACUCGUGAUACAUGUUUCUAUCGAAUAAUAAAUAAAGCAUUACGUAUGCAAGAUUUUGAUAUGUUAUUUAUCUUUCGUACAUUUAUUACUGAUAUUGCUAAACAAAUUCAAGAAGGUUAUGAAUAUUUUAUUCGAACGAAUCUAAGUCGAAGUACAAUUUUAGUAUAUCGAGGACAAAUGAUUAGUAUGGCUGAAUUACAGUUAAUGCAGAAGAAUAUUAAUGGAUUUUUAUCAAUGAAUUCAUUUUUAUCAACGAGUCGAGAUCGAUCUAUUGCUCUUACAUUUAUUCAUCCUCCAUCGUCUCAAGGACGAAAUCAAAUGCGACCGAUAUUAUUUGAAAUUGAGAUUGAUCCAAAAUUACGAACUAAAGCUUUCGCUGAUAUUCGUAAGAAAAGUGAUUAUCAUGGUGAAUAUGAAAUAUUAAUUAUGCUUGGAGCUUUGUUUUGUAUUAAAAGUGUAUCCGAAGAUACGAAAACUGAAAUGUGGAUAGUACGUGCAACUUUAGCCAAUGAUGAUGAUUUUGAUUUGAACGAACUGUUUGCUCAUAUGAAAAGUCAAAUUGGUGAUGAUACUGAUCUUGAUAGUCUUGGAAAAGUUUUACUUCGAAUGGAAGAAAAUGAACAAGCACGAAAAUGUUAUAAACGUAUGUUAAAAGAAGCACAAUUAACUUUAGGAAAUGCGGAACUAGGACUUGGGCGAGCUUCAUUAAGAUGUAAUGAUUGUCAGGAAGGUCUCGAACAUUUUCAAGCAGCAUUAGAAAUACGUCAACGUCUCUUAGGAGAAAAUCAUCCAGAUGUAGCAGAAAUCUUUAGUUUUCUUGGCGAAACUUAUAAUAAAAUGCAAAAUUAUGAUGACGCUUUAGUUUUUUUGGUUCAGGCAAUGAAUAUUGAAGAAGAAACACUUCCUCCUAAUUCUCUUAAUCUAGCAGCAACAUAUGAUACUAUAGGUGCGAUCUAUAUGAUGCUCAAUCAAUACGAUGUUGCUUUAAUUUAUUAUGAAAAAGUUUUACAUAUUCGUCAAGCAGCGUUACCCGAAGAUCAUCCACAAAUUGCGGCAAUCUAUGGUAGUCUUGGAUCGUUGUUUGAAAGUAAAGGAGACUAUUCGAAAGCUUUAAAUUAUCAUGAAAAAUCAUUAGAAAUCGCAAAAAAAACACGAUCAGCCACACAUACUAUCGUCGCUAACGCACAGGACAGUAUUCGAAGAUUGAAAGCAAAAAUAAAACAAUAA